AUGGCCGAUGAUCCUGCUGAUGAACCAAAGGAACAAACAUGUGAGGAACAGAAGUCAGUUGAUGUUGCUGAACCUGGUCCAGAAGAAAAGACGGCACAGGAUGGGGAGAAUGGCAAUCAAGUGUGAGUUCGUACCUAAAAAGGAUAAAAUUUUUUAAAAUUUGAAAAAAUGUUCAAAAAUUUUAAUUUUUUUUUAUUCAAAAAAUAUGAAAUUUUGCAAUGAAUGGCUUUUUUUAAAUGUGUUACUAUAUUUUAGAAAAGUAAUGUUUUAGGGCUGCAGCUGAACAACCUAAGGUCGAUACUAAAAUCACAUGUAAAGAAAUAAUUGUUAUUGGUAUAUUGUUCACCAUUAAUCUAGUCAACUAUAUGGACCGAUUGACGAUAUCUGGUACAUUUCUUAACCUUACCCUACUAUACUCUCUUCCACCCUACUGUACCAUUCUAUACUGUAACUUACCCUCAUAUGAUGUACCCUACUCUACUGUCACUACUUUACCCUACCCUGCCUUACAACACUAUAUCUUACACUACCCUACUAUACUUUACCAUACCCUACUACACUUUACCAUAUCCUACUAUACAGUACCCUACGUUACGUUAUCAUAUAUAGUAUUAACCUACUUUCAGUCGUUCUAACGGAAGUACAAGCCUACUUUGACAUUGACAACGCUCAGGCAGGCUUCAUUAAAACCAUAUUUCUUACAUGUUUUCUGGGUGUGGCUCCGGUUUGCGGGUUUCUGGGUGAUCGCUACAAUAGAAAGUGGAUUUUGGUAUUUGGUUUAGUCAUAUGGAUCGGUGGUGUCAUGGCGUUGACGUUUGUUCCGGCUAAUGUAAGUUACAAUUACUGUAACUUAACAUUCCCUUUUCAACUUCGAGAUCAAAUCUCUACAUUAAUAUACUUACCUUUUCAUUUCAAGCUCUUUUACCUAUUCCUCGGCAUAUGCGUAAUAGUAGGCGUUGGUGAAGCCUCGUACUCAAUCAUAGCACCAAGCAUAAACAUGUUCAAAGGAACAGUACGAAGCAAAGUGAUCAUGGUAUUCUACUUGGCCAUACCCAUCGGAAGUGGCUUGGGUUAUGUGGUCGGAUCGAACGUGGCAGCGGCUAUGGGGGCAUGGCAAUGGGGGCUGAGGAUUACACCGAUAAUAGGUGCCAUUUGUGUCAUCGUAUUGAUUGUUUUUGUGGACGAACCGAAGAGAGAAGUGUUGGAGAAGAUGCCAGAAGAAGAGGCUGGAAGUAUUUUCAAAGAUAUUUGGUAUUUGAUGAAAAAGUAGGUGAUUUAGGACCAAUGUUAUAAAUCUAUGCUAGAAUUAAGGCCGUUUUUUGCUGUUUCAGCCUAUUUGUUACCUAAAAUAACAUAAAAUCUUUUAGCAAAACAUACGUCUUCUCGACCUGGGGCUGCACUUUUAUGAUUUUCACAGUAGGCACGUUGAGCUGGUGGAUACCAUACACAAUCGAAUACGCCAAAGCGACCGCUGCCAAGUUGCCUAGUGUAGCUGACUUGCCCGAAGAGGAGCGGCAAUCGUAGGUUUCUGAAAAUUCGACUAAAAGUUAAUUUUAGGCUUAAAAAUUAUAUUUUUAGAAUUAGAACACUUAUUUUAGGCUUAAGAUGCUUCUUUAGGCUAAAAAAUUGCAUUUUAGACUUAAAAAUGAAUUUUAGGCUAAAAAAUUUAACUUUGGCUAUAAACAACGGAACCACGUAUUUUGCGAAACCAUUUCAGAAUUGGCACGGUAUUUGGCAUGGUAGUGUUAUCAGCCGGCCUAGUCGGCGUUAUAACUGGAACGGUGGUGGCUACAAUGUGGAAGAAGGGCAGGUUCUGUUUCUCGAAAAGUAAAAAAGCUGACAUUUUCGUAUGCAUAAUCGGGUCAACCGGUGCUGUGCCAUUUUUGUACAUAGCAAUGGCAGUGCUCCCCGGGGAUUUCACUGUGUUUUACGUAAGUGACGUUUUAUACGAUCGAAAGAGUUUUUUAGGUCUUUGUGUUCCUCUCAAUAACCCACCUCUCACUGAACUGGGCCGUCACCGUCGACCUCCUGAUGUAUAUUGUUCCACCACGAAAACGUAACAUUGCCAGUGCCUUCCAAAUUACAGUGGGCCACGCGUUCGGAGAUGCGGCUAGUCCGGCGAUUGUGGGCAAGAUCUCGGACUUGAUCGCUGGUGAUGAUCACAGUCCACCGUCCAGAUUAAGAGCCAUCAAAUUGGCGUUUUGGUUGCCUAAUCUUGCAGCCAUUCUGUCGGCGAUCAUGUUCAUACUGUCAGCGUUCACAUUGCAUGGAGAUUUUGGGAAACUGCAAAAGUUGGAGGAUAGUAAGUUUAGGUUUAUUUUGUGCUUGAAAUUAAGUCUGAACUUUGGUUAAACUUAAAACUUAUCUUUUUUUACAGUUUGUUUCUAAAGCCAAGUUUUCAGUUUAAAGUCUAGAAUGUCGUUUAUAAGCCUAAAGUUUCAUUUUUAAAAGACACCCUUUUUAAUCCGAACCUUGCUUGAGAAGCCUUAAAUAAAAUUUGAAAAUAAUUAUAUAUUUUUCAGAUAACGAAAAGAACCCGGACACCACAAACAACUUAAAAACGGCCGUAGCCAGCGAUGUAUAA